GACACCAACUGUCAAUAUUAAGAAAUUGUCAAGCAGACGUCUGAAACAUUUAUUUUGGCUGUGCAAUUUUCACACUCGGUUAUUAUGGCUGAUUUAAAAACCAACACCACAAUAGUCGGUCCAUUAAAUUUCUCUGAAUCUUCGAAACAGUCGUCCCGAGUGCGCGAAAAAGAAGUUCCAUGUCUGUCGUGCUCGAAAUUAUUUAGUUUCCCUGUCGAAAAAGACUUGUACUUGGCUCAUUUAUUUCUCACACACAAAAUUGUGAUCAGUGAUGAGCAAUAUAUCGCUCUCUUGGAUGAAUAUCUGGUUCACUGGCAUAAACAGUUCCACGAUGAAAAAAUCUCAAAUCCGUCAGAAGAGUAUUGUACGACGAUGCUGCUGAAUCAUUUACCCGAUGGAACGCCGGCGGUGAACGAAAAAUACUACUUACUGAGCGAAGUGUUACCGCAGGAUUUCGAAUUACGCAAAAACUUGCAUCUGAAACGUUUGGAACAAGUUUUACAGCAGCACCAGUUCGAGAGAACGGAUCAGACAUUCAAACGAGAGUGUUUACACUGUCGCGAUGUAAUUGAGCCAACAAGGUCAUUGUUUAUUGAACAUCUGUUUGUCAAGCAUUUUCUACAGCUGGGAAAGUCGGAAAACUUGGUCUACAUUGAUGAGCUGAUCGACGACGUUCAGGACAAACUGGAACAACUGAUUUGUUUGUUUUGUAGUAAAAAGUUUAAGGACCGCCCAACAUUGAAGGAACACAUGCGAAAGAAAGGCCACAAACGCAUCAAUCCUGACAACAAGGCGUACGACAAAUAUUUCCUUGUCAACUACAAAAAUGAAAUGGAUAAUCCAAGGGGAAAUAGCCAUUCGGCUAAGCAAUCCGUUCAGUCUGUAAUGCUGAACAGUAUGAAGGUAUCACAUCGACCACCAUCGAACACUCAAUCGGAUAGCGAUUCGGACUGGUCAGACUGGGAGGGUGAGAAGCAACCACUCAACUGCUUAUUUUGUUCGAUCAACGACACAGACUUUCCAGCGAUCAAAAAUCAUAUGAAAACGAGCCACGAAUUCGAUUUCGAUACGGCCAUUUCGGAAUUGAAUUUCUACGAGAAGGUCAAAGUUGUCAACUAUGUGCGCAGACAAAUGCAUUUGCUGAAGUGUGUUUCGUGUGAUCAACAAUUCGAAACGAUCAAACUACUGCACGACCACUUGGGGUCGUUAAAGCAUUAUGGAAUUGGAAGCAAAUCGAAGUGGGAUCAUCCGGAGUUCUUUUUUCCAACAUACGAAGAUGAUUCAUUUUUGUGUUAUCUGGAUGAUCCAAAUGACAAUAGUUAUACGGAUGAUGCUGUUGUCAUUUCUGAAGAACCAAUUGUGUCUGUGAAUGCAACCGUUGAAAUGCUCUCCAAAGAAACUGAAUGAAAUUUUCGCAAAUAAACAGUUUUUGUUACAGAAAA